UGAGAAUUGUGGGUUUUUCCUUCUUUAACUGAGGGGUACCAACAAUUUUGUCCACGUGUGUAUGUGAGUGUCAUUUUAGAUGAUACUGAAAAAAGACAUCCUCCAUGUACAAGACACGCAGCUGGAGUGGCAAAAAUCCUGCAGAAAACAGCACACAUAGUCAUGGGCCACCCACUCACAGUACUCACCACACAUAGUGUAGUGGCAUUUGUAAACUCAGCAGCAUUUACCAUGACGUCACUGAGACAAACACGAAUGGAGAAAAUCCUUUCUGCACCAAACAUCACAUACACACAUGAAGGAAUCAACAUGGCAGAACAGAUGGGAGAGGGAGAGCCACAUGAGUGUGAACUGAAGGUCAAAACCACUGAGAAAAUCAGAAUAGAUCUCUCAGCAGUGCCACUAGAAGGAGAACAGGAAGUCUUGUUUACAGAUGGAUGUUGUUACAGACAUCCCGCAGAAGGACUGAAGGCAGGAUAUGCAGUGAUGAGGCAGGUAGGAGAGAGAAUAGAAGAGGUAGAGACAGGAACACUAACACACAAACAAUCAGCUCAGCUAGCUGAACUCACAGCAGUAAUCAAAGCAUUGAAACAGAGUAAGGACAAAAGAGUCAACACUGAUUCAGCCUAUGUAGUAAGCGAAGUGCACAUAGAGCUCCCCCAGUGGAAAAGAGUAGGGUUUAUAACAGCCGCCAAAAAAACAAUAAAACAUGGGGAAGAAAUGAGGGAGUUAGCAGAGGCACUCCUACUGCCCAGAGAAGUCGCAGUAGUAAAAUGUAGAGGCCAUGACAAGGCAGGAACAGCCAUAGCACAAGGAAACGAAGCAGCAGAUGAGGCAGCCAAGAGAGUAAGUGGAUGCACUCCCAACUUGGUAAUGAUACAAACUGAGAAACAGGUAACAGAAAUCCUACCUGAAAUAACUACACAGACUUUAAAAGAGGCACAGAACAGAGCAUCCCCAGAAGAAAAAACAAUGUGGAGAGAAGAAGGGGCAAAAGUGGAUGAGGAUGGAGUAUGGAAAGGAGAGGCAGGAACCCCAGUUCUUCCUACACCAUGGCAAAAGGUGUUACUCCAACAGGUGCAUGGCCUAGCUCAUGUAAAUAGUGUACAAAUGCGAAAAAAUCUCCAAUAUUGGUGGCAUCCAUAUAUGACAGAGAUGACCAACCAGUAUAUGAAAGACUGCAGAAUAUGUACAGAACAUAACCCUAAACCAACUGUGAAACCUGAAGCAGGGCGAUUUCCUGCAGUAAACAGACCAGGCCAAGAAAUAGUCAUUGACAAUACAGACAUGGUUACAAGAGUCAGAGGGUACACGUAUUUGUUAGUAGCUGUAGACUCCUACACUGGCUGGCCUGAGGCUUGGCCUACAACAAAGGAAGACAGUAAAGCUGUGAUAAAAUGCUUGAUAAACCAUUACAUUCCAACACAUGGGUUCCCCCGACGGAUAAGAUCAGAUAAUGGAGCACACUUUAAGAACAAAGACCUGCGAGCAGUGGAACAAAUGUUAGGUUUACAACAUGCAUUUGGCACUGUUUAUCACCCGCAGUCUCAAGGCAAGGUGGAAAGGAUGAAUCAAAAUUUGAAGGGAAAACUGGCUAAAACAUGUGCUCACACAGGUAUGACAUGGCUUGACGCACUACCUGUGGCAUUAAUGUCGGUCAGGAGUACAAUAAACAGGAGCACAGGGUUCACUCCUUUUGAGCUAUCUACAGGCCGGCAGUUUCCAGGACCUAGAGAACCCCUAGAAAUUUCAGCAGGAGAAAAACAAAUAGGGUACAAGCCUUAUUUUGACCAACUAACGGCACUUGUCACAGCUUUCUCUACACAGGUGACAGACAAACGCGAAGAGGUGAAAGAAAAUCAAGAACCCAACUCGGCUGAGUGGGUUCUACUCAAGGUGUUCAAACGGAAGUGGUCAGAACCUCUCUGGAGUGGACCAUUCCAAGUGACAGAGAGGACGUCACAUGCAGUAAGGCUGAGAGGAAGAGGUGACACCUGGUAUCACUGGAGUAUGUGUGUUCCUGCUCAGGAACCACAGAGGAGCCGGGAAGGAACAAGGAAAGACUUAAGUGCAUGACAUCAGGGGUCUGAUGCACCAACACACACUGAUAGAAGAGAAAUGAAACCAGCCAGAACCUGCUGAACCAUAACCAAACUGGAAGAAGUGUCUUCCCUCACAGAAACCCAAACAUCCUCCAAGAGAUCCGGACAAAGGAUAGAACAUUCACAUGCGGCCCACCUGAGGGAACGGUGGAUUGGUAUGUCUCUGUACGUUUACAUGAUCAUAAUAGAGAUAAACCGGUCUUACGGUGGAUUACCCCCUCAAAAGCAAUUUUCUGGGCUUCCGAUAAAAUUCCAUUGCAGAAGGGCACAAGACAGACCAACCAAAGAGCCAGACUAACAGCCACGGGAAUAGAAGCCCAGUAUAUAUAGAUGCCAUAGGUGUGCCCAGAGGAGUACCUGACGAAUACAAACUAACUAACCAAAUUGCAGCUGGAUGGGAAUCCAUUUUCAUAUGGGUGACCCUGAAUAAGAAUGUGGAUAGGAUUAAUUACAUUCAUUACAACAUGCAGAGACUUACCAAUCUAACGAGAGACGCCAUUCAGGGCGUGGCUGAGCAAUUACAUGCAACAUCCCUGAUGACUUAUCAAACCAGGAUGGCAGUGGAUUUUCUGUUAGCAGAAAAAGGGGGUGUUUGCGCUAUGUUUGGUGAUCAGUGCUGUACAUUUAUACCUAAUAACACUGCUCCAGAUGGUUCUGUUACAAAAGUCCUAGCAGGAUUAAGAGCACUGUCUGCUGAAUUGAAGGAGCACUCGGGGGUAAAGGAUCCCUUACAGGACUGACUGGAUUCAUGGUUUGGACGAUGGGGAGGUAUAAUCAGAAGCUUUAUGAUGGGUGCUUUAAUUGCUGUCACCAUACUUGUCAGUAUUGGAUGUUGUUGCAUACCAUUUGCUAGAUCUCUUUGUACCAGGAUGAUACAGACGACUCUCGGACCUCAAAUACCACAGGGAGGUCUCCAAAUGCCGCUCCUUCUGAAAGGUGAUAAACCCAACGAACAGUGGAGAGACGACGACGAGCCAGCAGCUGUAUCCUCAGUUGUGUGAAUUUGUGUUGGCCUAAGGUUGGCUUAGGCCAAAAGGGGGGAUUGUGGGAAAUGGUGUGUUUCAUAAUUUGCUAAGUGUGCAUAUUUAAGAGUUGUAUUGGUUCUGAGGAAUAGGAAGGUCAUUACCACAGUGUGACUGUAAUGAAACAAAGAGUAGAAAAGUCCAGAAUCAAUAAGAAGGAGCUUAUGCUUUAUUCUACUUAUUACUCAUAUGAUUGAAUGCAAGGAUGAUCAAGACAUAAAGUGAUUGAUAAUCAAAGUACAGACAGUUUUUGAUAAUAAAGGUACAGAUAGUUUUUGACAUAAGCCAUAAUCAGUAAAGAACAUGAGCUUGUUGUGUGUGCAGUCUCUAAUCUUGCUUUGCAGGGGUGAAGUCAUU